AUGCUAUCAGAAACAAAUAAGGAAGUAUAAAAAGAGUAAAAUGUUGUACCACAAUUAAAUCAAACUCCAAGUAGUACUUAUUUUGUUUACAAUUGUUACAUACCAGUAGUGUAGGAUUAUAUGAGUCAGCCUCCUCCUCUACAGGUUAGGAACUCAAGUAAGAAUCCAAAUUUAGUAAUUAAGGUGAGUCCUUCCCUCAAUUGAUCAAAAAUAAUGACAGCAUUCAAUUGUCGCAUUUGGCUCCCGGAGUUUCAAUACCAAGUUUUCAAUUUGGGGCAUCUGCUCCUUUUGUUACUCCUGAUGAUGUUAUGAGAAAUGUGUAGCCUGCCCAGAAUCAUUUUGCUUCAUUUAUCUUAAAUGAGUAAUUGAAGACACAGAACCAACCAACCAAGAACAGAAUAAUAGAAGGAACCCAAACCCUCUGUGACAUAGAAAUCGUAUUAAUAUCGCGAUAUUUUGACAUGAAGGCUCAUGUAAUGUAAUUAAUAUUACAGGAAGGUAUUUUGUCCUCCAAAUAACAAGUAUACUCUUAAGGAAGACACCAACAUUUCCAAUGCUGAAUGGUUGAAGGAUCGUAUGCUGUUUCGAUACAAAAAACCUGUAAAAAUAUUGCAUUUAUCAAUUAGAUUAAGGAAUCAUUCUCAGAUAUGAUUGAUUAAUUGGAGAAGGAAGGAGAGAUCAAUUUUAAGAACAUGAUUCAUCCAGUCAAAUUUGCUUAAGGAGGAUUCGAUAACAUAGAGAGGCAAGUGCCUAAAUCUGUGAAGAGUGAGAAGCCAUUUUCAGUUUUUAUAUUUGAGAUACAGUAAUUAAUUUCCUAGUUCCUAUUCACUAAGUAUUGAAUCUAUUAAAUAUACUAAAUUUUAUAUG